AAAAAUACGGCACACAAACCAACAACCAACAAGGAAGGAGCAAGAGGCAACUGCCUGCCUGCCUGUCUGCAUUGUGGUGUGGUGUUGUGUUGUGUUGUGGUCGUGGUGGAGCGAGCGGGCGUGCAAGGAACGACAAGCAAUGGCGGAGAAGGUGGUGGGGGAGGGUGGAGGAAGAGAGGCGCAGCAGCGCCCGCGCUCUGGAAGUGCCCGCGUGACGGUGAUGAGCGCAGACGCGUUGUUGGAACGGCUGCAGAAGACAACGCGCAACUUCAUGGUGGCGCACGAAGCCGAUGAGACCAUGCACAUCUCAUCCAAGGAUCCACCGGCACUGCGCAUCUGCGAUGUCAUGUGCGAGAUCUUCCAGCAUGGCUUGGCACUGCAUCACUCGUUCUUCCAAGCCCUUCGCAGCCAAGAGAGCGAAGUCAACAGCAUCUUCGAGGGUCUCUGGUCCGUCAUCACAACGGCGUUUCCGCAUCCACUCAUUGAAGAUAUCAACGACAUUGGGCUUCCUUCUGCAAGGGCUCGCUGCAACGCUUGGUUUCGCAAGAACGUCGGCUCCUUUGGCCGCAUCCUCAGCGAUAUUGCAUCACACUCCACGCGCGCGCACGAUGUCAUUGCGACAAAGUACAAGGACGAUGCGUUUCUGCGGGACGUGGAGAAGGUGUCCGCUGCUGCUGGAUUCUGCACCAUGCUAAGCGCGUACACCUUCAACCUCGCCGUAUCGGACUUGCUUGUGAAGCCGCCGUCGCCUGCGCCGAGCACUGCCCCGUUCCGCAAGCGAACAUCGUCACGCUCGCGUGUUGUGAAGCCAAACACUCCCAAAGACGUGGCGCCCGAGGACACCGCCCUUGGCAAGGAUUGGAGCAACGUUGCAGUGGACACGGGCAAGGUGCUGAAGGUGCAAUCGCCCAAGCUCAAGAAGAAAAAGAAGAAGAAGAAGACGGCCACGACGCGGGAAGACCGCAGCUCGUCCCUGCGUUCGGGGUCGUUUUCUGUUGUGUCACCGGACGUGCAGUCCCCCAUUGGGCGCAGAUCUCCUGUCACUGUCCCCGCCACAGCAACAACGACAGCGACAGGGGCAAGAAACGAGAACGGUGGUGGUAGUGGUGCAGUCAAGAAGGGCUAUGCAGGAGGGGAUGUGUUUGCAUUUGACGGUGCUGACCGCGACGACGCGACGGACAAACGAGAGAAGCGGAAGUCGAGGAGCAAAGGCUCCAGUGUUUCAUCCAAGGGCUCCACAACAACACCACCAACAGAACAACAGCAACAGCAGCGGCGGCGCGACCGCUCAGCGCCCCAUCGAGAGGAGAGCUUUGCAAACUCGCUGAGCGCGGCGUUUCAGGAGGAAAAGGCGCUGCUCACGAAUGGAACUGGCAGUCAGCACGACGACAAGGCAACGCCCCCACCGUCAUCAGCCACAAUGCCAGGACCAGAGCGUGAUGGUGAUGGUGGGGAUGGGCGGAAGCGAACGGUUCAACGGCAGCCAGAGACGGAUGACUUCACACAACAACAACAACAACAACAACAACAACAACAACAACAACAACAACAACAACAACAACAACAACAACAACAACAACAACAACAACAGCAACAACAACAGUCCGUGCUCGCAGAAGUGAACGCAACAGCAGCGGCGGGAGCGGAGAUGGCGAAAACGGUGGAUGAUGGUGUGGGGGCAGACGCGAAGGCUUCGUCUGCACAGCGCGGGCUAUGCGAUUGGAUGAUUGCUCAAGCUGAGGAAAGAGAGCGAACAGAAUCACAAUCACGCGUGACGGAUGCCGCUGUUGACAAGCAGCAGCAACACGAGCAACAACAGCAAGGGAAGCAAGAGGUGCCGCAACGUGUUGGUGGUGACAAGGGUGAAGGAACAGUGCUGACUCAGGACAAGAACCAUCACGACGCUUCCACAACAGCAGAAGCAAUACCACCAUCAUCAUCAUCAUUAGCAGUAGCAGCAGAGGAGACACGACAGCCGCCAGCAGCGAAAGCGGUCACCCCACACCCGUCCACAUCGUCACAAACGUCCAUGUCAGGACCACCGAGUCCGGUUUCGCAGGCCGGAAUGGAAAUCCACCAGCGGCCAGAGUUUUCACCCGACCCAACAGCACGGGACAUGAGCCAUUACCUCUUCCACAUUGUGUGCAACAAGGCCAAGGACUACAUCUCCCACAUCCUCGACAACAACUUUGUGUUUGAUCUGCAAUUGGUGCAGCCGAUGCUAUUGGAGCAUGUGGAGGCCGUCAAAACAUUCAUGGAUGUGCGGAAGGAUUUCUUCGUUGGAUAUCAGGCCAUGAGCAUGUGUUCAUCGGCAAAGCUGUCAAACGUCAUGUACUAUCUCGGUGACCGACCACACAUCCUCUCUUCCUCCAACCUCGUCUCGUUCAAGGACCUUGAAGAGGUGAAAACGGGCAAGUUGGUGAAGCUGCUCAAGUGGGCGUGUGGCGUCAUUCGCGGUCACACAGACUCCUGCCCUUCCUGUCAGGAGAAGAUGCUGCACACCAGCCAUUCGCUGACGGCGUCUGAGUCCUGA